AUGGGACCCAACGCCGUCGACCGCGCCCUCGAGGCGGCAGAACACGACGCCGCCACCCCAAUCUCCCCAACCCCAACCCACCAUGAGCUCCCCCACCGAACAAGCGCCGAGAUUGAGCGCGUCAUCUCCGCCAGCUCGGUAUCCUCCGCCUCCUCCUCUCACUCGGCCCGGUCCCGCAGACCCUCCACCGUCGGCACCGGCAUAGUCGGCGUGGGCAUGUCCCGAGUCUCCACCUCCCGAGACCUCCCCCCAACCGAGCUCGGCCGCAUCCAGACCGCCCGCAGCCAGCACAGCGCAACCGUCGGCCGUUCCAUCCGCUCCAGACGAAGCCGUGCCUCCCUCGUCAAGCCCCUUCCCCCCUUCGGCGCCGGAAAGCCAUACCCACCCCUCCUACCCAAUCAAGAGGACUUCGUCGUCGAGUUCGACGGCCCUGAUGACCCCCUCCACGCUCAAAACUGGCCCAUGGCAAGAACAACAAUGCUAGGCUACACAACAAUGAUCGCCUCCUUCGGCUCCUCCAUCUUCUCCGCCGCCACCCGCGCCGUCGCAGCCGACUUUGGCGUAUCCCCUGACGUCUCCCUCCUCGGCGUAUCCCUCUACGUCCUCGGCUUCGCCACCGGCCCAACCUUCUGGGCUCCCCUAUCCGAGCUCAAAGGCCGUCGCUUACCCCUGGUAGCCUCCAUGUUCGGCUUCACCAUCUUCAACCUCGCCUGCGGAACCGCCAAAGACCUCCAGACCGUCCUCAUCACGAGGUUCUUUGCCGGUUUUUUUGGUGCUUGCCCCCUUGCUGUCGUUGCAGCUGUCUUCUCAGACAUGUUUGACAACCGCACGCGUGGCAUGGCCAUCACCGUGUUCAGCAUGACUGUCUUUACCGGUCCCAUGCUGGCGCCGUUUAUCGGCGGGUUCAUGGUUGAGGAUGAGAGCAUCGGGUGGAGGUGGACGGCCUAUCUCAUUGCGAUCAUGGGUGCUGUCGCUUUUAUUAUCGAUCUGAUCUUCCUCGAGGAGACCUAUCCCCCCGUUAUUCUGGUCAGCAAAGCCGCCGAGCUGAGGAGGAGGACCCUCAACUGGGGCAUCCACGCCAAGCAGGAAGAGAUUGAAAUCGACGUCAAGGAGUUGAUCACAAAAAACUUUUCCCGGCCGAUGAGGCUUCUCUUCUGCGAGCCGAUCGUCACGCUGUUGUCGGUGUACAUGGCGUUUAUUUACGGGCUGCUCUAUCUCUUUUUGACGGCGUAUCCGUUUGUCUUCAUGGGGGUCCACGGCAUGUCUGCCGGUGUGGCCGGGCUGACGUUUUUCGGCAUGAUUAUCGGGCAGAUCAUCGCCGGUGUUACCGUGUUGAUGCAGCAGCCUUGGUAUGCGAGGAAGCUGGCUGCCAACAAUGGGGUGCCGGUUCCUGAGUGGAGGUUGCCCUCUGUCAUUGCUGGAGGUGUGGCUUUUGCGAUUGGGUUGUUUUGGUUCGGGUGGACGGGUUUCACCAAGGAUAUUCACUGGAUUUGGCCGACACUUUCUGGUUUGAUGACGGGAUUCGGGAUAGCCAGCAUCUUCUUGCAGGCGUUGAACUACCUCGUCGAUUCGUAUCUGAUGUUUGCCGCUUCGGCGAUCGCGGGCAACACCUUCUUGCGGUCGUUGGCCGGAGCGGCCUUCCCGCUGUUCGCGAGAUACAUGUUUGAAGGGAUGGGCACCCAGUGGGCCAGCACGCUUCUUGGUUGCAUCGGUGUGGCGCUCGUGCCUAUUCCGGUCAUCUUUUACAUGUAUGGUGAUCGGAUCAGGGCGAAGAGCGCUUAUGCCCCGACCUUUGGUGCUGGGCCGGAAGUGGCGGAGAGCGAGACGGGGGAUGAUUCUGAGCUCGGGCACGGAGAGAAGGAGGCGCCUAGCAGCGUGCCCAGGACGGACAUGGAUGCUGCCCAGAGGGCAGUCUAA